AUGGCCGCCGAUGAGCUGAUGGCCAGAGGUCUCUCUCUCUCUGCUACGCCUCGCUGGAGGCGUGCACCAGCUGACUUGACCUCGUUUGAUGCCUGGGUGCAGUCCGUUCGGCGCAGCCGGGGUGACGAGGCUACGAGAUCAAGGCAAGAAGACGAUACAAGGCCUGUUUGGGCAGGAAAGCAGCAGCGCUGGGGCCCGGGACAGUGGUCAACGGUGAUGGUGCAGGUGCCAGGUGAUGCUGAUGAUGCGCCACUUUGUGCCCUCGUCACCGGAGUACGGAGAGGUGCUCAGGUGAUGAUGGGCCGACGUGGAGUGGUUGGUGUGUACUGUGUAGCAACAGCUCCCGACAGCUACCCUGGCCUGUGUCAAGCCGCACAUUCCUGGGUGCUGGGUGGCCGCAUCUACAGUAGCUCACCUGGGGACACCAUCAUGGAGUUCUCGCCCAGCUGGUGA